AAAGCAACUUUAUUUAAUGUAUAAAAAUCAAAAGAAUUAGAAAAACAAAGGGUGCAGACCUUUCCACGGGACACCCAAGUGGACAUUUUUUUUUUAAAACUUAUUUUUAAUUUUUUUUUUAGAAAAACUAUUAUGUGAAAUUUCAACUAAAUUUCAAGACCACUAUAAAGGACUAUUUCUGGUUGUGAUUUUUACCUUUUUGUGCAGUUGUACAGGAUGAAAAUAAUAAUACCCAAGAAUACUUGCAAAUUGAAGAUUUAAUUCACAAUUGACAAAGUGAUCGCCAAUCUAAAGGCAAAAGACUUGUUCUAUUCAAAGGUCACUUAAGCUCUGAAUGACAUUGGAAUAGCUCUUCUCAAAUCAAAACAACAUCUUUAUCCUUUAGUUUCCAGCCUGAUAGACCACAAACAGCCACAAGUAUAAAAGAAACAGUUAACGGAAUAUCUGAAACUACUAAACAAAAUAAACAAAAAGUUCAUAGUGAUGUUCAAACAUCUUUGAAUCUAACUACAAAAAAUAUUGAAAUUUUAAAUUUCAAAAUUUUGCUUCACAAACUAGAUAUUGUUCAGGCUGAAAUGGAAUCAAAAAUAAAUCUUUUUCAAGACAAUGCUGACAUUCAGGAUAUGCUUCAGCUAGCUACCGAAGUAGUUGUGCAUUGCAUUGAUACUAAUGAUACUGAAAUAAGUUUAAUGGAAAGUCUUAAAAAGCUAGAUAUUUCUUUUCAUGACCUUAGUUCAAAAGAAAGAACAUUAUUAGGGGAUUACCUAGCUGCUAUUAUGUUUAGCAAAAAUAGUCUAAAGAGAUAUAAAUCAAUUUUAAAAGAUUCUGGACUGGAUUAUUUUGAUGAUCAUCUUUUGAUUGGUGAAAUUCCAAUGGAUUCAGAAAAAAUUCUUAUUCUUAACUUUUUUCGGAGCCUUUGGUGGAAUUUCUCUGAUGUCAGCAGUGAGUUUUGCUAUUCUCUUGCUAAAGAUGGAGUUCUAAAUGAAGUAGUAAAAGAUUUAAGAAAGCUGAUUGGUAUAUCUGAAAAGGAACUGAAGCAUUCAUUUUGUUUUGAAUCCUGUUUGGGUGUUCUACACAAUGUAGCUAAAAAUGAUGAUCUUCGACCUCUGUUCAGGAAAUACAAAGUUGUAGAUAUUCUUGGAAAUUUUCUUAAGUAUGAAAAUCUCACUAAAAUUACCAUGCUGGUACUAAUAACUCUAGCUUUGAUCAUUGAUGAAAAUCAAACACACCUUUUAAUAUCCAAUGAAUCAGUUUUCAACCUCAUCUUGAAUAUGAUCAAAAGGUCAUUGGGAAAUAGAGAUCACCGCUUUGAUGGGUUUAGUACAGUAGAGCUGAUGGUUUCACUCACCAAACUGAGUAAAAAUGAUGAAGUCAAAAAAAUACUAGUGAAAAAAAAUGUCAUAGAUCUUGUGCUAUCUAUAUUUUCUGAUGGUAUGCCUGAUGAAAUUGAAUGGGCAGCAAAACUUGUUUGGGAACUUUCUUUUGCACCAGAAAACAAAGCUAAAAUAUCUGAAAAUGAAUCACUUAUGAAUAACAUACAUAAAUUAUCAUCAAAUCCCAAUCAUCAAAUUGCAAAAGCAUGCCAGGGUGUGAUUCUUAUACUUAGCGAAGAAAAAUCAAGCACACAUUAUGGUCAGCAGGGUCACAUUAUGAUCAGUUAUUGUUGGUCCAAUCAAAAAACAGUGAUUCAGAUUUGUGAUGCCCUUAAAAGUAAUGGCUAUGCAAUAUGGAUUGAUGUUGAGAAUAUAAGUGGGUCAUCAGUGGAAGCAAUGGCCGAGGCUGUGGAGAAAUGUGAUGUAUUUUUAAUGUGCAUGUCUGAAAAAUAUAAGGAAAGCACUUACUGCAGAUCAGAGGCUGACUAUGCAUUUAAAAUGAAGAAACCAAUUAUUCCACUUCUUCUGCAAAACAAGUACACCCCUGAUGGAUGGCUUGGGUUCUUAUUGGGCUCAAAAAUAUUUUUUGAAUUUACAGGAAAAUAUGACUUCAAUGCCAAACUAGCAGAUCUUUUAAGAGAAAUUGGAGAAAGGGGAAAGAUCAAGAAAAAAGUUAAUGGCAAUAUGAUGGUGUCAAAUCUGCAACAAUCACUUAAUUCUCUGCCACCAGCUAGGAACCAGGACUUUGAUGUGAAUGAUUGGAUAGUGCAAAAUAAUCUUUCACAAUUCACAUGUAUCACUAAUUUGUCUUAUCAGCAUUUGUUGUUUUUAAAGAACAUCUCAUUCAGGGCACCAGAGUUUUAUUACAAUUUUAUUUUUAAGUUUAUAAAUGGAACUGUCACAGUUGAACAAAUGAACUCCCUGAUGCAAAUACACAACGCCAUGGAUAAAAUAAAAAAUUAACAAAAAUAUGAAGAAAAUGUAUAAUGUAAAUUGAUAUUAAAGUGAUAAUACAGUGAAUGUAUUUGUAUUGUAGAUUUAAACUAAUUUGAUUAUUUACUUAGCCAUUUAUAUUAUAUAUGCUUCUACAACCAUCAUUAUCAUGAAACUCCAUGUGAGUGAAGGCUUGUGAGGUUCCAUUCCUUGAUUGCAAAAAACCUGCUGUUGUCAUCAUGCAGGUCAAGAACAUGUGGUUUACCAGACCUGUCAAGAUGGAAUUGAGCAAGUCUAGGGCAGUCAAAAAGAAUAUAAAUAACCAGACGUAGGCGGUGAAAAUCUAAAUCGACCACUGGCAGACAAUAGUUAUACCUGCCCUGAAUGUGGCAAAAUAUUUAGGUCACAGCUGGGGCUGCGUCGCCUUGGGAGAAAUUGCCUUCCUCAUUAAUUUUUGAACUCAAAGACUAGCCUUAUUAUUAAAUGUUUUAUUGACAGACUGCAUGUGAACUACAUCUUUGCAAGACAUUUCUUUUAUAUAUUUAGAAUGUGUACAUCAUUUAUCUGUAAGCCUUUGAAUAUGUGAUAAUAUAUUAUUUGUUGUUUUUAUUUCUAACCAGAUUUUUUGUUGUUGUUGUAAAGAAAUUGUCUGUUUUUAAAGCCCACUUCUUAUAACUAUUAUCUCCCAUUUGUUUCUCCGGAUAUGGAUAUUUUUUUUUCUUACUAUAUAUGAUAUUGUUUCUCAGGAUUUAUUUUUACAUUAUGUGAUAGUAGUAAUUUUACAUGAAAAUCAAUUUUCAUUAACAGUAAACAUUUUAUUUUACUGUAUUAUAACUUAUUUUUAAGAUUUCAUUAUUGUUAAUCUUUAUUUUUAAAUUUUCAUAAAGAGAUUAUAUUUUGUAAUCGACUAUUGUAUCUUAUAUUUAUUGAUAUUAAAUUUGAGAGAUUUAAAUUUUGUUUUCAUUAUAUAGAUUUUUAAAAAUAUAUUUAGUAU